UCCAGCCCACUUAUAACAGCCGCAGAUAUAACGAACGCUCGCUUAGUACGAACGAGGGCGGUGCUACCGUCAAAAUAUAUAUUGGGGCAAUGGCACAGUGUCUCACAUAGAACGAACUGUUGUGGCCUCAACACUCGGUUAGAGCGAACGCGAAGCUGUCGGGCCCCUGUAGUUGACCGAGCCGGCGGUGUUUGGUGCGGUUUCGCUGGACUGCGAACCCGCGGCAGGCGAAUUUCGCGCACUUUGUGUUCCCCUGACACGACGCGAACACAGAGCGCACAAAGCGUCCCCCGGCGCUCCUUUGCGGGUAAAAUAAAUCAGCUUGCUUGCCGCCGUGGACAUGUUGAAAGCGGCGUGGAUGGAACUCACCGCGGAGUGCAUAGAAAAUUGCUUCCGCAAGGCGGGUUUUAUGGGCCCAGGCACCGAGGACGCCAUAGAUCACCCACCGGAAGGCCGGUCGCACGAGGACUUGUGGCAACGCGUCGUUGACACGCAGCUGGCCGGACCUGACGUUGCCUGGGACGAUUUCGUUUCUGCUGAUGACGACGCCGACAUUGCGGAGCCAUGCACUGACGAAGCUAUUGUGCGUGACGUGCUAGCCCUUCCUGACUGCCCAGAGACCGACGAGGACGAUGACGAGGAUGCUGCUCUACCGCCGGUUGCUUCAACCGCGAUCGGUUACAUCGCGUCGCUUAAGGAACUCGUGUGCAGCAGAGGCCUUGGCGAUGAACAUAUUACCGCGCUGGAAAAAUUAGAAACGGCAGUGAUGCGAUCAGCUUUGAAGAAGCAGACAUGCAUCACGGACUUUUUUCAAAAAUAAAGUGAACUUUCGUCUCGCUUGCUC